AUGCAAUUCUCUACCGCCGCUACCGUCGCCGCUGCCGCCGUCACCGCUUUGGCUGUUAACACCACCACUGUGUCCGAAAACUCUACCACUUUGGUGACCAUCACCUCGUGCUCUGAGAACGUUUGCUCCGAGUCCGUCUCCCCAGCUUUGGUUUCCACUGCUACCGUGACCGUUGACAACGUUGUCACCCAAUACACCACCUGGUGCCCACUCUCCACCACCGCCGCUGCUCCAUCCACUAUGGCUAACAAGACCAGCGCUGCUCCUUCUUCCCAGGCUUCCGUCUCCACCUACACUGGUGCUGCCAACAAGGCUUUGCCAGCUGCUGGUGCUUUGGUUGCUGGUGCCGCUGCUUUGUUGUUGUAA